AUGAGUGGCUAUGCUUGUGGACAACCCGUCUUGUACUAUCAAUGCCAGUGCCCGUCGUUUUGCAGUCCCUACAGUGGAGGGAACGGGGGCUACAAUGGUUAUGAUGUCGGUUCGUACUACUAUCGUUCACGUCAUAGGCCUCACCGACGAAGGCAUCACAAAAAGAAAAAGUUCCGCUUUGAGACUCUGGAAGAAACAGAAGAGGAGUUUCCCGAGCCACCAACGACAACUGAAAAAUCGAAAAGCUCUUCCCAUACCUGGGAAGAUGAGGACAUGUGGGAGAAGAAGUUUGUUAGUCCUAAGUCAAAGGAGAGGGGAGCUUCAGAAGAAUUUCCAGAUAUCAGCAGUGCAGAGAUAGCUGCCGCAAGAGCUCGAAUAAAGUCAAAACAAGAGGAAUCUGAAGUAGAGUCAUCUGGUGGCAAUGGAAGAGGAUCUGGUUCAUUUUCGAGUGCAGAACGAGGACGAGGUGGCAAUGGAGGUGGAGGAGUCGGUACUGGAAGUGGUGUUGGCGUGGGUGGGGUCGGCGUCCAUUCAGGUUUAGGUAUAGGUGCUCCAGGAAUUGGCGGUUUAGGCGGUAGCGGUGGAAUCUUUGGCAUUUCUUCCGGUAUAGGUGUUGGAGUACCGGGAGUCGGACCAAUAGGCGUUUCUAGCGGUCUGGGAAUAGGACGAUAA